AUGACAAUGAUACGCUUGCCAGCAGCAAAGGCUUGCUAUUUGACCCAUUCAACUGAUGACGCUCUCAAGCCCGCCGACUUAAUGAAAGCUUUAGCAUUGGUAAGUGCCAUAUACAGUUAAAUCAUCUUUGUGAUUCAAGCCAAUUGGAUCGUCAGGAAGUUUACGAGAUAAAAUGCUAGCUCACAAAGACCAUUGGUUUUCCACCGCGGCUGCCCUGGUGUCUGGAUUCCUAUCGCUUUAAUACUUGUCUUUCUUUUAUGGUUAGGUACCUCCUAAAACAGAUGGAGGGUUGCCUAAGGCUCGAACUGACAUAAACCUAACAGUUGUAGGAACUCUUGAAGACCGAUCAGAGCUAAGUGAUGAAAUGGUACGUUUGUGUGCCAAGCUGCAAGUCUACGCAGUGGUGAAAGGAAACGUAAAUCCCAUUGACUUAAGCGAAACAAGACAAACACCUAACCCGGAAAAUGUUCUGAAAGCACGUAAGUGAUAAUGAAUAAAGCUGAAUAAGAAGUUUUGGCCUUUGUUACGACUCAGUUUACAGUGUUUGCUCAGUCAAAUGAGAACAAGGUGCAUGCCCGUAUAAAAAUACCUUAUAAGUCGGCUUUACGAUAGUCUGUAAAACGUAAAUCAUUUCGAAUCAUAUUCAUUUUAGUUUGAGAGGUUUUAAAACUGACUCAGCCACACGCAGUUACAGCCCUGACCUUCGGCCCUUAAUAUACACUUAUUGUGCUCUGCCUUUUUUCUUUUCUUAGGUAAGAAACGGCAGCUCCUGAGACAUGUCCUGAGACGUGUUUGUAACACCGUGUGUGAUUGGGCAUCUAACAAAGUUUGCAAUUGGGUGCCAGAUAGUUGGGGAAAAACGAAACGGGUUUGUCACUUCAUACGGCGACCGGUGUGCAGAAUUGUUUGCUGGUUUGUUGGGUAAACUCCUGAGUUUACUAUUUUUG